GCAGCCGAUUUUUGCCAGCCGUAUAUCGUCGCAUACUAUCGCAUGAAUCACUUGCGGUGGCUGCUUGCUAGCAAUAUCUGAGCGCCACAUCGUGCAGUUUUCAUUGCUGACUUUUGACGCGGCUCUUUCUAGUUGCCCAGAGUUUGCACCGACAACCGCACAACGUCGAACCUAGCCUGGACGCGCACCGAGGACGCAUCAAUAUACGCAGAGCUGCACACCCGACAGCCGAAGAGCGGCACGAUGCAGCGGAACCUACGAAAACCCGACGACAACGAACCGACCACGCCAAAAGGAGCCGCCAAGACCAAUCGCGGCCGGCACGUUCACGUCGCGCUGUGCGCCUUGGCGUAUGCCGCCUCGGGCGCGCUGCAGCCCACGCUCGUCGACUGGCUCCGGUCCAACGGCGCCACCGGUGUGGCAAUGUUACCGAUGCUCGCAAAUACCCUAGCUGUUGCUUGUGUGGCUCCCCUACGAGAACUACUGUUGAGUGAAAAGCGCUCCUACAUCGAUAGGCAGCAGUGGUCUUGGGUAUCAUAUAUAAAGAGCUGGCGCCUGAAGGGCAAAUUACUGAGACGCGUCGCUUUCGUAGCUUUUUUAGAUUUUCUCGCGAACGUGCUGGUGAUGAUUGGACUGCUGUUUGUGGGCGCUGGAGUGUAUGCGGUCCUCUUCAGUAGUGGAGUGGCCUUCGCGGCGUUAUUUUCGACAGUAAAUGGCAAGCGCUACUCCCUGAGGCAGUGGUGCGGCGUCGCGCUCGCAACGUUAGGCAUGGCCCUGAAUGGUCUAGCAUCGGUAGAAGAUGCUCUAGAUGCAGGCCACGGCGCUCUCGGGCGGUUCGAGCUCGGCGCUGGCGUCAUACUGGGCGGCACGGCCCUCCACUCAUUGUCCUUAGUCUGUGCCGAAUCCGUAAGCGCGGGCGAAGAGCUCACGAGUUUCAGGUUAGCCACAUACGUCGGGGGCGUCGAGGCCUCGGUGUUACUAGCACAUAACGUCGUGCUCCUCCUAGCGCGAGGAGCGGAUAAACUCUACCUGAAGCACAUUUUGAAGCACCAGGGCGAUCCGACGACGGUCUUCAUCGUCUAUGUCGCGCUGUGGUUCGCAGAUUUAUGUCACGCCCUGGCGCACUACGCGCUGUUGGCGGGGGCCGGCGCGGUCGCAUUGACGCUGUCGCGGGGCGUGCAGAUGCUUUUUGUGGUGGGCAUUGCCGAAUUGGCGUUCUGUGGGGACGAUGCGAGGGCGUGUCUCACUCCCGUAAAAUUCGCGUCCGUGGCGUCGGUCGCCUUCGGGAUUUUGUUGUACGCGUCCAAACCCAAAAGGCCGAAGCGGGAGCUGCUGCCGGCGCAGUGACGGCGGCGUCAACGUGUGGAAAUCAAAUGCCGCGGCGCUUCUCCGCCCACGUCUGAACCAUGUCCUGCGCGCCAUCGACGCGACGCCUGCUCAGCGGCGUGGCGGUGCGGCUUUUUCUGACCGCGCAACUCGGGUGUGCCCACGCCGUCGCCGCGACACGCCCCUACUUAUGUGAUAAAUGUGAC